UUGCUCACUCACUGCUAGGCGUGAAUCCUGGACUGAGUGUGUGUAUCCUGCCCUCAGGGACACUGAAGUGAGCUGUCUGUGGUUGUGUUUGAAGUUUUGCCUGGGCAAAAGUAGUGAUGGGGCGGGGGAGGCCUGCUCAGCCAUGGGGUUCAGUGUGGGGAGCCUGCCUGCAGAUUCCUCUCCAGCUUCGGCCUGGGAUGUCUUGCCACCUCCCUUCCCGUGAGGACUGUGAACCAGGCUAUGCAGGGGGCCUCUGGUGGUGUGGGGACUCACAGGGAAGUGCGUGCUCACUUCAGGGCCAGGCCUGGGGAGUCCCCGCAGAAGGAGUAGUCAACACAACAGCCCCUUCUAGAACCCGCUGCCUGGAACUUCUAGAACCCAGGCCUCGCCCAGCCUGGACCACCACCUGGUGUCUCUCCUCCGCCCUUUGUCUGAAGGCGGCUCCUUCCUGGACCGCAGCCCUGGAGGCUUUCUUCCCCCAGGCCCCCAAGGGCCGCAUUAGCGGCCUGCCCACGACCUCCGGCGGCAAGCGCUUCCAGCUCUGGGCCCUAGGACUCUUCUGCACCGAGCGCCACCUGGCCAAGCGCCUUAAGAACAACAGCUUCUACCCGUUCACACAACAGCAGCCCAAUGUCUUCGUGCUCGAGUACUACCUGGACACACUGUGGAAGGGGGCGCUGCUCUUCGUCGUCUGCCUCUUCCUCGUCAGCUUCGGCCUUGUGAGCCAGGUGCUGAAGCAGGAGACGUGGGGCUUCCCCGCGUGCGGCGUGGGCGUUGGCCUGUGGCUCAUGAUUUCGUCUUUGCCGCGGCGCCGCCUGGUGCUGAACCACAUGCGUGGCACAUACCACUUCUCCAUCCAGGGCCGCACCGUGUGUCAGGGCCCUAUGCACCUGGUCUACGUGCGCCUGGCGCUCAGCUCUGACGCCUAUGGAAGGUGCUUCUUCCAGUUGGUUCUAUGCGGCCACAAGCUAGAGCCGCUGGUGCUGGUGCAGCUGUCGGAACGCUAUGAGGCAGAGCGUGAACACCGCGCGGGCCGCAGCCCAAGCCUUAGCGCUGGCAGCUGGUGGAGAGAGCGCCAGGACUGGCGGUCUCCUGACCGCCACCUGUUCCCACAGCAGACGGAAUACCUGGGCCGUCACAUUGCCCGGAAGCUCAACAUUAACUACUUUGACUACCUGGCCACGUCGUACCGGCACGUAGUCCGCCACUGGCCGCUGGGGGCCACCUUCAGCCCGGGCAUCGUGCAGCGCAAGACGGGCACUUAUGACGAGCGGAUCUCCCAGUCGGACCUGGACGUGUGACGCUCCAGGCAGCACCCACCCCCGGCCGCCCCCGCCCCGGGACUGCAUUCUCCCUUCCCCGCCAGUCUCUCACCUUCCCCCCACUGGUAGUCUCCCUCUCAAUUAAAGCCGUCU